AUGGAACUAUUUCACCAUUCUCCUCUCUUACAGCCCGAUCGCUAUGUGCCCGGCUCCCCCAUCUUCCGCGACACCAGCAGCCCAACGCCCCGACCCGCCCUCGCGGGGCCUAUAACAUCACCGCCCAUCUCAGCCUCCUCCGCCUCCCCCUCCGCCUCCCCCUCCGCCUCCGCCUCCUCCUCACCAUCCCCCUCCAACGCCACCGCCAUUGCCGCCAGCACCGCCGCCAUUAGCACCGCCAGCAGCACCACCCCACCAGGAGCCGCAGGAGCAGCAGGAGGAUCUGCAGCGUCCAGAAGCCGAGGAGCCAGAGUGUGCACGAUAAGAUUUGUGGUCUGA